AUGUAUACUUCACAGCUUUGCACACUUCUGUUCCAGCAGGAAGACCUGAACGGUGGUGAGUGGCUGGCAAGAGGGGCUCGACAAGCGCCACCUGCGCAGGGAGAAGUGGCCCCUUGGGCUCCGGCUCCACAGGCGAGGUGGGGGGCGGGCGCGGCGAUCCGCCAUUCCAACCUGCCCUUUCGCCUUCAGCUGUGGUGUGAGAGGGUGAAUCCCGAGAACAAGGCGGCGUUGGAGGCGUGGGUCAGGGAGACGGGCAUCCGCCUGGUGCAGGUGAACGGGCAGAGGAAGUAUGGCGGGCCACCCCCAGGCUGGGUGGGCAGCCCGCCGCCGGCCGGGUCCGAGGUGUUUAUCGGGCGGCUGCCCCAGGACGUGUACGAGCACCAGCUGAUCCCACUGUUCCAGCGCGUGGGCCGCCUCUACGAGUUCCGCCUGAUGAUGACCUUCAGCGGCCUGAACCGCGGCUUCGCCUACGCGCGCUACAGUUCGCGGCGCGGCGCCCAGGCGGCCAUCGCCACGCUGCACAACCACCCGCUGCGGCCGGCCUGCCCGCUGCUCGUGUGCCGCAGCACGGAGAAGUGCGAGCUGAGUGUGGACGGGCUGCCCCCGGCGCUGAGCCGCCGCGCGCUGCUGCUCGCGCUGCAGCCCCUGGGCCCCGGCCUGCAGGAGGCGCUGCUGAUGCCCAGCCCCGGGCCGGCGCCCGCGCAAAUUGCGCUGCUCAAGUUCAACUCGCACCGCGCCGCUGCCAUGGCCAAAAAAGCCCUGGUGGAAGGGCAGUCACGCCUCUGUGGAGAGCAGGUGGCGGUGGAGUGGCUCAAGCCAGACCUGAAGCAGCGACUCCGCCAGCAGCUCCUGGGUCCCUCACUGCAGAGCCUGCAGCCAGACGGCAGUUGGCUGGCCCCAGCCAGGGACAAGCUAGAGUCCCAAGGGGCUCGGGCUGCCCUGCAGCUGUUGUGCCAGCGGAUGAAGCUGGGCAGCCCCGUGUUCCUCACCAAGUGUCUGGGCACAGGCCCUGCCGGCUGGCACCGCUUCUGGUACCAGGUGGUGAUCCCUGGGCACCCGGUGCCCUUCAGUGGCCUCAUCUGGGUGGUGCUGGCCCCGGACGGGCAGAACGGGCAUGAGGUGGCUAAGGAUGCCGUGUCUGCCAGGAUGCUAGAGGCACUGAGGGAGUCGGGGGCCAGCCUUGUACGGUCUGCGGGAGCCGAGGCAGGUACCGUGGUUAAGCAGUGACGCUGUCCUCGUCACAGGCAGCCGGCACGAGCUGGCAGAGCUUGUGUCCGUCCCCAGCCCAGCAGGCCUGGGCAGCCGCCAUCUAAUCUCAGAGAGGAGGAGCCCGGGCCGCGCCCUACCUCUGACACAGCCUCCCAGCUGGGGCAGGGCCCCAGGAGGCCUGGGAAAGCUCAGGUUUGGCUAAGUUGUGGUGAGGGACCCUUGCUUUCCCCCUCCCGGCCCAGGGUCUGACCUGGCCCCACGGUAUUCCUUGGCCGUUCUCUGUGUGAUAGACACACAAACACCCCCUCUUCUCCCACAGCCCAGUAUGAAUCUCACUACUUAUUUUCUUGAUUUGUCAUCUUUGUUGAUUUUAUUUGGAGGCUGGCUGAGCCAGAGGGUCAGAAAUCUGCCUUGUGUCCCCACUACAUGACAUUCUGGUUAUGGUGUAUGUGAUUUUGGGUUUUUCUCUGCUGGUUGUAUUUAUAUUAAACCCCUGGUUGGUGUA